GCCCGUGGGUACCGCGGUUGCCUCUUGUUCUUCCGGCGCUCCAGCCGCGUUUUGUGCUUCUCUCUGCCAUGGGGGCGGGUGCCAGCGUGGGCAACAUGGUGGCCUCCUUGAGGAUGGCCUCCAUGAGCAAGGCGGUUUCCUCUUUCAGCCGGUGGAACAAUGCACGCAUCGAGCAGCCCGACGAGUUGAUCAAAGCACACGUCGAGGCGCCAACAACCAUCAUUGAUCUUACCGGCAUUGAGAAUCCCGGGUACAUAGCUGACGUGUACAUGUUUGCAGACGGCCUUAUCGGCCGCUCAAACAAAAACUUGAUUCGACUCUCCACACACAAGCAAACUGGAAUGGCUCGUGCAAUCAAGCAGUACACGCUAGGCUUCCCCGGCGUGGAUGUGGAAGCUCUAAAAAAAGAGGUCAUGCUUCUGAAAGAUGUGCGGGCGCAUCCCAACAUCAUCAGGAUGCAUGAGACCUUCAAGGGCAAGCUCCACUUCUAUGUCAUUUUCGAGCUUUGCGAUGGGGCACGCAUCUUCGACUACAUCAUGGAGGCUGAAACUCACACCGAGCAGGAAACUGCAUGUGUUGUGCAGCAGCUUGUACAGGCUGUGGACUACAUGCACAGCCGGCUGAUAUGUCAUCGAGACAUAAAACCAGAACAUGUGCUGCUCAAAGACAAAGGCAGUCUUGUAGAAUGUCGCGCCAAGGUGAUUGACUUCAAGACUGCAACGGAGUUUUCAGCUCCUGGCCAUGUCUUCACAGAGAGAGUCGGAACCCCCUACUAUGUCUCACCACAGGUAUACCAGAGCAGAUAUACCGAGUCCUGUGACAUGUGGGCGAUUGGUGUUGUGGCUUAUCUGCUGCUCCUGGGCUAUCCGGAGGCGGACAGGAGGCAAUUGGAGUCCAAAGGUUCAACAAAGGGCAAGGAUGUGUUGGAGUUGCUGCCGCAUAAGCUGGAGUUCAGCCAGUCGGAUUGGGUGGAUCUUUCAAGUGGUGUAAGUCAAUUUCUUGGUCGACUUCUCACGGACCGCGAGACCGAGCGCUGGCCUGCCAAAGCUGCGGUGAAGAGCGACUGGCUUCUUCGUCAGGCGCCGCAGGCUGUUGGCACUCGAGUCCAAGUGGCCGGCGAUUCGAUUGGCCUGGAAAAGCUGAGAACCUCCGAGUAUGCAGCAAAGCUACAAAGGAGGGCAGGGACAAAAGACGACGAGGUGAUUGAAGAGUUGAUGAGCUCCAAAGUACUUCCCAUGAAGACCUUCAAAGUGUGAAGGUGUACGUUGCAGGUUGACUGCACUCUUCUUUGUGGAGCAGGCCGAAGGCGUGUCACUGCGGUCGCACAGCAUCUGCCAAGCAGAUGUGCGCCGAGAUUCAGCCUCAAAAUAGACAAA